CUCGAUUCAGUUGCUCGGUUGAACUCGUAAGUACCAGGUAUGCAGUUUCGUUGUAUGGAACAUGAACCCAACGCUACCACCAAAAUUUGAACCGGUCGAAAUUCCAACUCCUCAUGGUCACAUUUCGGGAUAUCGCUAUGGCCCAAAGCACAUCAGACCGAUCCUGCUUAUUCAUGGAUACGGCGAUAAUAGUGGUUCUUUCGAAAGAUUGAUGCCAUUGCUUCCACCGGAUGGAGCUUACUUAGCCAUCGAUUUACCUGGCCAUGGUCGAUCGUCGAGAAUUCCAAACGGUUGUAUCUAUUACAUGACGGAUACCGUGCUUAUUAUUUUGCGUAUCAUGAAAUUCUAUGACUGGUCUAAGGUUUCCCUGAUAUGUCACUCACUAGGAGCCAUGAUGAGUUAUUCCUUUAUAGGAAUGUUCCCGGAUAAAGUUGAUCUUUUAAUCGGUUUGGAUGCUUUGCAGCCCAGUUUUCCGGGUGAUAUAAUGGAGCAGCAUGGCUACUUUUUGCUGCGAGUAUUUAGCGCCGAUGAAGCCUAUAUAAGAGGAGAUAAGCCAAACGAAUACUCCUACGAAGAGUUGAUUGAGAAAAUCCACGUCAAUCGUUCUUACGUGAUCCCGAGAGAACUUUGUUCCCAUAUCCUGCAUCGCGAUAUAAAGGAGUCCACGGGGCAGGGAGGAAAGUUCUACCUCCAGCAGGAUAAUCGAACAAAAUCGGUGAUGUUUCUUGGUUGGUCGAAGGAAAUUAACAAGCGGACGGCCGAAAAAAUUUCCUGCCCUGUGUUGGUGAUUCGAGCGAUGGAUUCGAUGAUUUUUGGCGAUGAAGAGGAAGCUGAGGAAUUGCUGGAGAUUACCAAAAUAAGAAAUCCUCACUCGAGUUUUCUGCGAGCUACAGGAAAUCAUUACAUGCAUUUGGUUGACGCUGAACGCACUGCCUCGAUCAUAACAGCUUUUUUGGAUGAGUGUGGAUACUUUCAAAAACCUUUGGAUAGUAAACUCUGAGGGUGGAUUUGGUUUACAAUAGGACCGUUAAAAUUAUUUCUCUGAGAAAUCCCAUCGUUAAUUGUACCCACUUGACUAAUACUAGUAUAUAAAAUCUGAUUAUUAAAGUUAGUCUUAUAGCGUUUACGUUUCCUCCACUGGCACGGGGGAAAACUUUUCUUAAUAAACAAAUAUAAUU